AUGGAAUUAUUUGAUCAGAUUCACACGGAUUACUAUUUUAGAAACAUUUCCAGCAAUAGUACAAACCAAGGAGCUUUCUUAAAUAUAUCUAAUGAUGAUUUGAUUGCUACAUCUAUGAUUGGCAUCAUGCUGUCUUUAAUGUGUGUUGCUGGUGUGGUUGGCAACUUUUACACUCUAGUAGUCAUUUGUAUCUCAAUGACAACAUUCACAUCCAUGUACAUCCACAUACUUAAUUUGGCAUUGGCAGAUUUAUUAUAUCUUUCAACCAUCCCAUUUAUUGUCCACAAUAGCUUUGUAAAGGACUGGUACUUCGGAGAGGUUGGCUGUAGGGUUCUGUUGAGCCUGGACCUUCUGACCAUGCAUGCCAGCAUCUUUAUCUUAACAGUAAUGAGCACCGAAAGGUAUAUUGCAGUUAGUAAACCUUUUAAUACUGUUCGAAGGUCAAAGAGGUACAGCAAAAGCUUGGCCUGUGCAAUCUGGGUGUUCUCCUUUCUUCUGACAUUGCCCAUGAUGCUGAUGAUACAUCAAGAAGAGAGGAUACUGGACAAUGGUACUGUUCGAAAAUUAUGUACCCCCACAUGGAGUGAUGAACGAUAUAAGAUAUAUCUUACAGUGCUGUUCACUACCAGCAUCCUGGCCCCAGGGGUAAUUAUUGGCUAUUUAUAUACCAAACUGGCAAGAGCUUACUGGAUAUCUCAAACCAAAAGCCUUCUCAAUAAGGAGCUGCCAAGAUCACCAAAGCAAAAAGUGAUACUGAUGAUCUUCAUUAUUGUACUUGCAUUCUGGGCAUGCUUUCUCCCAUUCUGGAUAUGGCAGCUAGUACCUCUCUACAGCAACGAGGAGCUGAGGUUGUCGGUUCAGACUGAGAUCUAUGUGAACAAUCUGGUGACUUGUCUGACUUAUGGCAACAGCUGCAUCAAUCCCUUCCUGUAUACAUUACUCAGUAGAAAUUACAAGGAAUAUCUCCGCAACAGGCAGAGGGGAGGACUCGGAUCCCUGAGCCUUAAGGGUGGAACAGGCUAUCCAGUCAAUCCUGCCAAAAGAUCCUUGUCAGGAGGAAGCAACCAAGGUACAGAGACUGUUACAUUAAGCAAUACAAAGCUGGCUGUAACAACACAACAUUCAGUUUAA